AUGAAUUCAAUCAAAUAUCAUAAUAGUUAUGUCAUUAUUGAUUUACUACUUAAUCAUCUUGAAAAAUAUCUUGAUAUAGGAGAUAGAACAAAUAUAAAAACUUCGAUUAUGAAUGUUAUUCAUGAUAGUUUAGUUUUUGCUGCACCAAAUACAGGAGUUGGAUCAACAAUGUUAGGUGGAAUAACACGUCUUUUAGAAUGUUUAAAGAAAUCUUUUCAAAUUGCAAGUCGACGUUCUAGAACACCAUCAAAGGAUCAGAAUGAACAACAGUUUCAAACUGCAGUUAUUAAUGUGAUUGUUCCAGAAGAUUUUGCGGAAAAAUUACCUGAUUUUCAAAUGAUGGAAAUAAUAAAAUGUAUUGUAACAUCAUUACCAAUAUAUCAUCAAAGUAUUCAAGAGAAAACAAAAGAUUCAAGUGAUACAAAUUUAAAAUUUCAAUUACUUCUUCUUAAAACAAUACAAAACAUUAUACUUAAAAAACGUUCUCGACAAUCUACUCUUACAAAUUCAUCUAAGGUUACUACAACUUAUAGCUCGGAACAAUCAAAUGAAAUAACAUCAACACUAACAACAUUUCCUCAUCAAUUAUUUGAUCCAUUAAUUAAAAUGAUGAGUGCAUCAGAAUCAGAAGUACGUUUAAUUGUACUUGAAAUUCUUCAAUUACUUGUUGAUCGACGAUAUUAUGCUGAUAAAUUAUGUAAAAUUAGAAUACCUAAAGAUAUUUCUCAACUUGGUUUACCAACUGAAACAAGAAAAAGUCGUCUUUUUGAUAUUGCAUUUAUGAAAAAAUUUGGUCAUCAAUUUUGUUCUCAACUUUAUAAAUGUAUAUUAAUAGAAAAUAAUACAAAAAAAAAUUUUUAUGCUAUUUAUUGUCUUAUGAAUCUUGUUACAAUUGAAGCUAAUGAUCAAGAUGUUCUUGUUGAUGUUAUUCAUUUUUGUCUUGAAGUUCAAUCAGCAAUAAUAAAAAUGAUGGAUGAAGAUCAACAAAAAUUAUCUAAAAUUAAUUAUCAUUGUAUACAUGCAUUAAUUGCAGCUUAUUUUAAUUUAAUAUCAAAAUUAUAUGAUAUAACUUCUUUUUCUCGUUAUGUUGAUCAAGUUAUUCGUAAUCGUGAACUUCAUGCACCAUAUCUUCUACCCCCGGAUGCAUUUCAUUCUAUUUCAAAAGAAAAUCUAUUAAAACAUAUAUCAAAAAAAUGUCUAUUUUCUCAAGAAAUAAUUUAA